AUUAGAUAUCAUCUCGCCAGGAUGGUGACACUGACAGUCGGAAUGAAGACUGCAAAGGCAGUGCGCCUGCUGGUGCAGCCCGCUAUGCAAGCAAGAUUCAUUUCAACCAUGGACAAGGGAUCUAACUUCUUUUUUAGACAGCUAUUCGACACAGCAUCCAGCACGUACACCUACAUCCUAGGCGACAACAGCACGCGCGAAGCUAUCCUCAUAGACCCAGUAAUCGAACAUGCAGAGAGGGAUGCCACAUUACUGACGGAGCUUGGGUACAAGCUUGUGUAUGCCAUGAACACACACAUGCACGCCGACCACGUAACAGGCACGGGGAAGCUCAAAUCACUCUUACCGGGUAUCAAAAGUGUGAUUGGGGCCAACUCAGGUGCUCAAGCAGAUAUCCAUUUAAAUGAUGGAGGAACCGUUAGCGUUGGAUCGAUUAAGUUGCUUGCUGUGGCCACGCCGGGACAUACUAAUGGAUGCUUGACUUACAUCUGUCAUGAUCAGGCAAUGGCCUUCACCGGCGACACGCUCCUCAUCCGCGGCUGCGGACGAACAGACUUCCAAGAAGGCUCAUCUGAAUCCCUAUACAAUUCAGUCCAUACUAAAAUAUUCACACUCCCCGACCACUAUACACUUUAUCCCGCUCAUGACUAUAAAGGACAGACGGCAACGACUGUUGGGGAAGAGAAAAAGUACAACCCUAGACUUACGAAGAAUUUGAAGGAGUUUAUUAAGAUUAUGGAUAAUCUGAAUCUGCCGUAUCCUAAGAUGAUUGAUAAAGCGCUUCCUGCGAACAGAGUAUGCGGUAUCUACUGAAAAGUGUGAUAAUACAUAAAAAUAAGCUAUCGAGAACUACCUAUGAG